CAUGUGCUCCUCUCCCCCCGCCCUUUCCCCUCCUCAAGUGAGCCUCUCAGCUGCCGAGGCGAGUGAUGAUGAUGGCGGAGCUGGUUCAGGGACAGGCCUCGGUGGCUCAGCCCGGAACGAAAGAUGACUUCGCAGACACUAUACGCCGGGUGCGACAGAUGGCUGCCAAGAUGGGAGGAGAGCAGAUGCCAAAUCUACACAGUUCCUCGCCCGUCAUUGACCCCUCCCUCUAUGGUUUCGGGGGCCAGAAACGCACGCUGGACAAUGGAGUAGGCAACCAUCUUGGUGCAAUGGUACAUCAAAGGGCUCUCACGACCGAAGACUUCAAAGUGCCUGAUAAGAUGGUGGGCUUCAUCAUUGGAAAAGGAGGGGAGCAGAUUUCAAGAAUCCAGCUGGAAUCUGGCUGUAAGAUCCAGAUAGCAUCAGACAGUGGAGGCAUGGUGGACAGGCCCUGCACGCUGACUGGCAGUCCUGAGAACAUUGAGCAAGCCAAGAGGCUGCUGACUGAGAUUGUAGAGCAGUGUCGCUACGGUCCGGGCUUCCACUGCGAGAUGGAUGGCAAUGGCGCCAUCCAACAGAUGCUAAUCCCCGCAAACAAAGUGGGCCUGGUGAUCGGCAAGGGGGGAGAGACCAUCAAACAGUUACAGGAGAGAACAGGAGUGCAGAUGAUCAUGAUUCAGGAUGACCCAAUGCCCACUGGUGCAGACAAGCCCUUGAGAAUAACUGGAGACCCCCACAAAGUGCAGCAAGCACGUGAACUUGUCGUCAAACUAAUCAGGGAUAAGGACCAAGGAGAAUUUAGGGUGGGCAGGGCUGACUUUGGGUCCAAAAUGGGCGGAAGCAGUCUGGAUGUGGUGGUACCCAGAUUUGCAGUUGGCAUCAUCAUUGGCAGAAACGGAGAGAUGAUCAAGAAGAUUCAGAAUGACGCUGGGGUCAGGAUUCAGUUCAAACAAGAUGACGGGAUCAGCCCAGACCGUGUUGCCCAAGUGAUGGGCCAGCCUGACCACUGCCACCAUGCUGUGCAUCUCAUCAAUGAGCUAGUUCAAACUGCCCAGGAGCGAGAUGGCUUUGGGGGUGUGAUGGGUCGUCGCAGCAGAAGUGACUGUAACAUGGGCGGCGGCCCUGGGGGGCUACAGGAAGUGACGUACGCCGUACCCGCUGACAAGUGCGGCCUGGUGAUUGGCAAAGGCGGAGAAACCAUCAAGAACAUCAAAGAGCAGUCUCGCGCCCACGUGGAGCUGCAGAGAAACCCGCCACCCAACACUGACCCCAACGUGCGCAUCUUCUCCAUCCGAGGCACCCCACAGCAGCUGGAAAAGGCCCGGCAGCUGAUCGACGAGAGGAUUGGGGGUCCUGGAUUGGGAGGAAGCUUUGGAAUGAAUCCCUACAACCAAGGAGCAGCCACUCCUCCACAGCACGGCCCUCAAACCUUCAUGACUGGAGGAUGGGGGACAACUUUCCAGAUCUGGCAGCCUCCAGGCCAACAAGACCAUAGUCACAACGGAUCCCAGACGGGGCAGAUGGACUGGGAGCAGUAUUACAAAAAGCUAGGUCAGCAAAGCCAAGCCCAGAGUGCUGCUCCUGAAUACAACAAAGCCUGGGGACAAACCUCGACUCCUGGCUCUCAGCAGGCUUCCACUCCAGACUUUAACGCCUGGGUGGAUUUCUACAGGCAGCCCAUGGCUUACUUCAACCAGGGUGCCCAGCAGACUCAAGCCCCGGGCCUUCAGGAUCACUAGAAAAGGCCUCGUCACAAAGGAUGAAGACGGCCCUCUUUUUUUGUUUUUGUUUUUUCCUUUAUCAUUUUUGUUGGUAUUUUUUAGACUUGCAGCGCCUUGAAGACUUUUCUUAGUGGGAAACACUAGCUGUAGAAUGACAUGAUGAAAUAUAUUUGUAAUCAGCAGAAACUUUAUUUGUUACUAAAUGCUUGUGUACACUGUUAUUUUUGAAUAGAGCGUGUUAUCUGGGAUCUGGUUUUUGUUUUUUCGCCAAAAUGAAAAGCGCGUGUGUAACAUUUCAAAGAGGCAAUACUUAUAUAUGAUCUGUUCGUUCUGUUUCUUGCGGCACCAUGUUGAUUCCGCUUAGCAGUCUUGAAUACCUUUUUUUUUGUUGUCGUUUUGUCACGGAAGAGCGUCUUGCGAUGAUUCUGUUAUCUUACAUAAUUCAAUGAAAUGAAACUGUGAUGUUUUGUUACAGCAGAAUGUGUUUUUUGUUACACGGUUUAAAGCGAAGAAAAAGCAAUGAUAGUUCUAAUUUAAUUGUGCAUUGUAUGCUGUUUUUUUGUUGUUUUUUUUCCUUCAUUGUCAUUUUAUUGUACUCAACUUGCUCACAUACGGGGAAAAAAGGUGCAAUAUCUUAUUUCACGUUUGAUAUACAAAGAUGGUUUCUCGAAUAUUUUUGACAGACUUUUAACUUGUAGUUUUAUGAAAUGUUUUCUUUUGAGGAUAAUUUAUUACACGGAUCUGAUUAUAUAAGACUUAGAGGGAUGUUUGCCUUUGCUACCUUGUAAAAGUGUAUAUAUAAAUAUAUAUGCUCAUGUAUUUGACUGUUAAUUUAAAAAAAAUGUUUCAUAUAGAAAUGAUUUUUCCUGCCACCAGUAUUGUAAGAAAAUUGUCCCUCUUUUUUUUUUUUUUUUUUUUUUUUUUUUUCUCUCUCGGUUCUUAUUUUCUUAUACUGCUCCAAGAUUGUGAAUGUGAUUGAAAUUGGAUGUUGCAUCUUAUGAAGAAAUGUUUUUUUUGUUUUGUUCGGGGGUGUCUGUUCUGCGUGUGUUCAAGACUGCUAAGCCUCUUGUUUUCUUCUACCUGUGCGAUGAUUGGUUUUUGUUAUGUUUUAAGAAGUGUUAUGAUCAAAAAAGACAAAAAACGCUCUCCUUCGGUACCUCCCGCUUCUGUCCGAUGCUAAGACCUUUUUAAUUAUUUUUUUAUUUCUUUGUUGUGUGAUCUAAUAUAAAAAUAUCAAGGGUGACAAGUCAUCAUGGAGAACUGAUUCUUGUAUUAACGUCAUUUCUUAAUGAAAAGGGAUAUAAUUUGAAAAAAUGUCUAAUUAUGGUGGGUUUACUUUGGUGUACAGUUAACCGUGUAUUAAAAAAAACAUCCAGACUA